AUGUUCACUCGACAUUCGCUUGUCUCCAUACUCGAUCUCGGGCCCACGGAUGCCUGUGUUCAACUAACGAAUCAACUUCCUCGCAUGACUGUUCAAGAACUUCAUGUAGAAUUACCGUAUGUUAUUCGCCGAAUAUUUGGUUUCGGUCGUUUCGAUUGGUCAUUACGCGAUAUUGGUAACGACCGAUCGAAUUUAUUUGCAAUUAUUCAAGAAUUUCUCUCGCCUUGGCAUGGCGAAUUGUGGAAAGCAUUACUUCGUUUACAAGACCACACGCCGCAAUUUACCUUUCAAUUCAGUAUCAGUGAUUUACCGUUACAUUUGCGUGCUAAAUUGGCUUCGCUAUGUCUACCGGACAUUGUUCGUGGCCGAACGACAACCACCGGCCAACAUUUAACAUCGUUGGCACUUGAUCCGAUUGAAUAUUUUCUCUUUCAUCUACUUUCCUAUGCUAUUUCCGAUCAACAGUCAACAGAACGGCCAAUGCGAAGUGAUUCGGUCUAUUUGAAUGUACUGGAAAUGUAUCUAUGCCUUUUCCUACCGAUCGAUGCCGAAGAAUUUCGUCUGCUACUCAUGCCGACAACGAAUACAAAUAGUUCCAGUGCUCUUACAACAUCUCAUGUCGUCGAUCCACGUCUCAUGUCACCGGUACCUGUGGAAACAACACCAAAGAAAAGUCCAAUUCGACAAUCAUAUCUCUUCGGCGGGAAUACUAAGCAACGAGGUGACGGAGAAGGAACAACGAUGAAUAUGAGCACGUCACCGACAUCACCGUUAAAUCCAUCGGCAUCACCCGUGGUUUUGUCCACCACUACAGCAGACACGAAUGAAUUAAUGAAGAAAAUUGAUUACUUUAUCAAAUCCUACGUUGCUUUUCUCAUCGAUGUCUUUCAACCAUCAAAAUCAGUCUUCGGCACAAAUAGUGGCUCCAUUCUUGUCCAAGAAUUUACUUUAUCUGAUGUUCAUUUGCUUUGCAUUCGAAUGUUUAUUAAACGUCUUCAUCUAUUUUGUUCCUAUCAAAUCGGCAUUGGUGGUAAUAAUGCUUCGCUCGCAAAUACAGGCAUGACUUUACUCGAACAACGCAAUCUUCUCGUACCAUUACAAUCACUGAAACGAACAUGCAUUGACACCUAUCUUCGUCAACCACUCUAUACUCUACUUCAAAUUGGUAUUGUUCGAUGUCCACUCGAUCAACGCUACAAUACUCUUCUCUUUGUCUGGUAUACUUACAUCCGUCCAUGGCGAUUUAGUCCACAAACCUCACCGAAUGAUCAUCGAGUAACAAAUCUACUUGAUACAACAGCAGCUGAUCAAGAAACCACGUCGCAAGAUCAGUCGAUCAUGACUGCUGAAAACAUCAAUUUCGUCGAACGAAAUCUCCCAUUCUAUGGUCGACUCUUUCAAUUUGCUGUUGAUCGCUUGCAAAAAACAGAUCUAACCAACGCUUUGAUUUCACAAUUAAUUAGUAAAUUAUCUAGUGUAUUUUCUGCGAAAAACUUCUCGUCGCUACUCCUUAAAGCCGAGCAAGUAGCAAUGUAUUCUCAAGCCACACCGUACUCUUCUCAUAAACAACGUAUAUCGCCUCCAGUGUCCCCGGAUGGACCUCGACCAGCGUAUUCACUCUUAUGUGAUGAAACGCAAACGAUUAUGUUAAGUUGUUUGCGUAAAAUCACAUGUGUUUUACAAAAGAAUGAGCGCCGUAUAGAGGAAAAUCAACGCAUAGCUGACGAAAACAAACGGGCGUCUCAAGCCGCGCAAAUUGUUUCCACAAAUGCUCGAGAAUUGCUCCAACGAAUUUUAUUAAGAAUUCCAUAUAUUAAACCGGCGCAGGCAGCAACGAAAACUGUUCAAAUGAAACCACUACUAUCUUCAGAUAUCGUCGAGCAAUUAACAAAUACAAAGAAGAAAUUCAUGGAACUUUUUCGCAUUGAUGCUAAUAUCUUCGAUACAACAGUUCAUGAAGAUGAACCAUCAUUAACUCAUCCAUUAGACGCAUCAUUUCAAGGAAACAAAUCUUUGUCAACAUCAAUCAAUGAAACAUCGUUGAACACAUCCUACACACCCUAUGAAUUGGAAAAUCCAAUUUUAUCCCCACCUAAUCUUUUUGAACUUCGCCCACUACUUUGGUUCAAUCAACAACUCUCAGAAAAUAUCAACCUUCGAUAUGCUAAUCAAAUCAGUUCUCUAUACAAUCGUCCAGGUGUCAUUGGUGCAUUCUUUCGUCAGCUAUUCUACGGUCCAAACGAUCAACGAUUUCAAUCUAUCCGAGUACCACAGAUCAACUUCCGACACUUUGCAGACAUACGCACAUUACUUCUACUUUUGUUUGUCUAUUUUCUCCUACGCCUCACUAUUGGUGGAAACAGUUUCCCCUGGAAUUUUUUCUUGUUAACAAUGAUCAUUUUUCUUUGGAAUAUCUUUCGGACAAUCCAAACUUACCGACAAACACUCAUUUCAUCCUAG